AUGGCUCCUAAGAAGCAUAGUGGGUUUAUGAUGUUCGUAACCGAGUGGCGGAACCGCAACGCCGAGGGCCGCCGAAUGACCAUCCCGCAGGCUGUUGCGCACUGCGGCGGCAUUUGGGAGAAAAUGACUCCCCAGCAGCGGGGCCCUUACAACUCGGGCGCCAAGAACGCCGACGUGUUGGACCGCGCCAAGAGGGAACGCCUCAACUGUCACGGUCAGGGAAUCGCCCAGGUGGACCAGGCCCAACAAGAGACCGCCGAGGGUGUUAUGCACAUGAAACGCACAACCGAGCGCAUCAUCAGGGAAGCCAAGAAGGCCCAUGAUCUGGAGAACGCCAAGUUCGUUUUCGCAGCCUUUAACUUCUUCACCAAGGCCCUCACCUCUGACGUCUAUGUACCUGCCGAGUUCGCUGCCUGCGAGUACUCGCUAAAGGAGGGAAUCCGGUCCAUCUACAGCACCAUGAUCGAUCCUGGUCAGAUCAUCUUCGGGCAGAGCAGCGAUGCUCAACACCACUCGGCAACAACACAUAGUCUGCCGCUGCCGCCCAAUGCCUUGGGCGAACGAAACAUGGCUAAGCUGCACCGGAAUAUCGUUGACUAUCUUAAAAAGUGUCAGGGAGACAAGCCGCUAAUCGUUUUCACACCCGUCGAUGAUAUUCCCAUGGUGAAGUCGUGCUUCCGGUACUUGGCUUGUGAGGACGAGGAUGAUACUGAAAUCGGACGCCAGAAGAUUGAGGUGUUCGAUAUUUUGUACUUGAUGUUCAUACUGAAGAAGGAGGUCAUGGAUGUCGCCGAUUUGCAUGACGAGAAUGUUACUCAAUAUGUGACUGACUCAUUUUUCAAUAGAGAAUUCUUUGAAUUUACACCUCAGAUCGCUUGUCAGUACCACGAGGAGAACGACCGCAGCAAGUACUGUACCCAGAGUAUGGUGACUAGAUGGGCCUAUACCUUUAGCGAUUUGAUGUGCGGAGACCUGGCCAUCACCGUGCAACCUGGGAAGCACAUACCCCCCAAAACAAAUCCCAACUACCGCGUCAUACACUCGGACGCCUCCUCUCUCGCCCAGGAGUCCUCUUUCGACUCAUUUUACUCACUCCCAGGGUCGCGGGUCAAGAAAGAGAACCAAUCUCAAGACUCGACCAAUUUCUCGAUCUCUAGCAGCCGAGCUUCCAUCGCAUCAAGCUCCUAUGUGCCUACUGACCACACCGCUUUUACCGCCGAUUUAAAUGAAGCAGAAGCAUUUCCCAGCCUCGGCCGGCGAAAUCCCAGUGGACGGCGCCCUCCCGCAAACAAUGCUCCUACCCAACGCGAAAGGAACGGGGCUGGGAUUUACCGACAAACUCGCGCCCUAUAAAGAAGUUUACCGACAGCGAUUUCAGCAUAACCGGCGCUGUUAAGAAGAAUAAAAAGUAGGUCAUUUCUAUAUCUAAAAGGAAAUUUGUUACAAAUAAAAACUAAA